UUAAACUGUCAUUUCUGUCAAAUUUUGUGGUUAGUUUAGUGCCCCGUUUUGACCAAAAACACCACCAAAUCAGCCCUAAUAUGUUUAAACACUUGACAAGAGUCUGUUUGCGCCUCCCUAGUGCAUUAGAGACAACAAAUUUGACAUUUUACCGAUUUGCGGGUCAUUCAAAAUGGCAAAAUAUUCGACACAUUAAGGGGGCUAAAGACGCCGAACGCUCUCUCCUCUUCACGAAACUCAGUCGCCAAAUGAAAGUUGCAAUUCAAGAGGGUGGCUCAAUCGAUAUAAAAAAAAAUCUAAAAUUGGAAAAUGUAAUCGAGCAAGCAAAACGGGCAAACAUGCCCACAGCCACCAUCCAGAGUGUGUUGAGAAGCUGCGAACAAGACAAGUCAAACAGCAAGUCUCAUUUAAUUGAAAUAAAGGGCCCUGGGGGUUGCAUAAUCUUGUGUGAGGUGUUUACGAGUAAUUUGCACGCGUUGAAACAGAACAUUUCGACGAUUUUGAAAAAACACAAAGGGAAAUAUAGUGAUGGGGGCGGAAUGCAUUUGUUUGAGGAGAAGGGGGUUAUCGUGGCUGAAAUGAGCGAGUUGGAGGAGGCCACCGAUCAUGCUAUUGAAGUGGGGGCUGAGGAUGUCAAAGACACUGGGGGCUAUCUGGAAUUCACUUGUGGGGCCUCAAGUCUAAAUAAAGUUGUCUCCGGGUUGGAGAAAUUCAACUAUAGGAUUAAAAGUGCCAGUGUUGAGUUUAUUCCACUCAAGGUACAAGAAUUGAGCGAUGAGGACUUGAAAAUUUGUGCUAGUUUGUAUGAAAAAUUAGAGGGGCUGUCUGAGGUUGUGAGACUCUCGGAUAAUAUUGCAUAGUUUAUUUUUCACACCAAUCACAGAUUUCUUAAAAUUAUUGUAAAUAUAAAAAAUACACUUAUUGUUACUAUUUACAAGUUUUGAAACGUA